AUGACGGCACCCCUGCCAGAAGGGCUCACGCCAGACGCAGUUGACACGCUCACCGAGCUGAGCGCCAUCAUCAAAAAGCUGCGCGCCGCCCAGCAGCAGCAAGCCGCCAACCCAUCCUCACAAGCUGCAGCAGGUGGGCCUGGAACAACAGGCGCCCCCGGCAGCCAACCUUCGUCCUCGGGACCCAACGCAACAGCUGCCGGAGGCGCAAUAGGCACAACUUCCCUCCCAUCAAGCGCCACGACCGGCCCAACACCGUCCAACGCGCUGCACUCUGUCAAAGAGCUGCCGGCAACCACAGACCCGAUAAAGCACAAAUUGCAGCGGGCGCGGGCCGCGGUGCGGUUGCUGGGGGAUAUGUCGCGGACAAUGGCCCAGCAGGAGGCAGAGCUGGCACGGCUCGAAGAGCGGAGGCGAAAGCAGGCUGCGAUGCUGGCCAAGGCGCAGGAGGAGGGGGCGAGGUUGUCGAAGGGGUUUGGGGAGGUAGGGGAGACGCCGGUUGUGCUGGUUGAGACGGGAGACAAGAUGGCGAUGGAGUAG